AUGUAUGAGGAGCCUGUGUACUACCCUCACGUGCCAGAGAACUCGCCCGCCAACACUCCAGUUUUCAUCUCUGUGACCAACAUCAAUGACAACACUCCACUGAGUGAGGAGCCUGUGUACUACCCUCACGUGCCAGAGAACUCGCCCGCCAACACUCCAGUUUUCAUCUCUGUGACCAACAUCAAUGACAACACUCCACUGAGUGAGGAGCCUGUGUACUACCCUCACGUGCCAGAGAACUCGCCCGCCAACACUCCAGUUUUCAUCUCUGUGACCAACAUCAAUGACAACACUCCACUGAGUGAGGAGACUGUGUACUACCCUCACGUGCCAGAGAACUCGCCCGCCAACACUCCAGUUUUCAUCUCUGUGACCAACAUCAAUGACAACACUCCACUGAGUGAGGAGCCUGUGUACUACCCUCACGUGCCAGAGAACUCGCCCGCCAACACUCCAGUCCUGCAGAUCACUGCCACUGAUGGUGAUCUUGACCCCAGCCUCGUCCUCACCUACAGGAUCACUGGCGGGAAUCCUGAGAGCUUCUUCUCCAUGGACUCGAGCACUGGAGUCCUGACAACAACUGGUCGAAAACUGGACCGCGAAAACCAGCCAGAGCACAUUUUGGAGAUUACAAUAUCAGACAACGGUUCACCACCCCUUUCGUCAACUACCAGAGUCGUGGUCAUGGUGGAUGAUGUCAACGACAACUCACCCCAGUUUGAGCAGAACUUCUAUCACAUGGUCAUUCCAGAAACUCGCAAUGGAGACUCUACUCUAAACCAGAAUGAAGUUGAGUCUGGAGAGGAGCUUGGCUUUGAGGCUCUACUUAACAAUGAUUCCUGGGAAAGUCUCGAUGCACAAAACAUCACCGGCAUUCCUCUCUUUCGGGUGCUGGCAGUGGACCGAGAUACUGGGGCGAAUGGGGAGAUCCACUACAGUAUAAAAUCGGCUCGAGGCAAAGGAAGAUUCGGAAUACAUCCACAGACUGGAGUCGUUUAUUCUGCGUACAUCUUCACUGCAGGACAGGAAUUUGACUUGAUGGUGCGAGCCAGUGACUCAGGAUCCCCCAAUAAGAGCAGCACGGCCCGCGUGUCCGUUCAGGUCUCAGCUGUUCCUGCCACGUCAGAGCACGCCCCUGUCAUCAAGAGCUCAGAUCAGCGUGUGGAGGUCACAGAGAGUGAUUCUGUAGGCUUCUUAGUGGCCCUGAUCCAGGCAUCAGACCAAGACGGCGACUCCUUGUGGUACAGGAUUGUGGACGGAGAUCCCAGGGCAGAGUUCCUGAUGGGAGGGGAUGAAGGGAGUGUGCUGCUGGCUCGAGAGUUGGACUGGGAGACACAGAGAGAGUACAACCUCACCAUCAGCGUCACUGAUGGAGUUCACGUGGUCUACACGCAGCUGUACGUAAGUGUAAUUGACAUCAACGAGCACAGGCCAGUAUUCUCACAGAGCCUGUACUCUGUGAACGUGUCUGAGAGUGUGCCAGUGGAGAGUACGCUACUGACACUGCACGCCACUGAUACCGACCAGGAUAGCAAGGUGGCGUUCAGUCUUCACUCGGCCCGCAGUGCACACAGUCUCGCACUUUUCAAGGUCGACUAUCAGACUGGAGCUGUGGUCUUGGCCCGACCCCUUGACAGGGAAAGCAUGUCAGAACACGUGCUGACUGUGUUGGUAAGAGACCAGGGAACACCAGCCAAGCGGAACUAUGCGCGUGUGCAGAUCUGUGUGGCGGACGCCAAUGAUCACUCCCCGGAGUGGACAGGAGGUGUCGUGCAGGGACGCGUGCUGGAGAGUGCUACAGUCGGCACAUCUGUCGUCACUGUCCUUGCCAGCGACAAGGAUCACGGAGACAAUGCCAAGCUCUCUUAUUCCAUCAUUUCAGGCAAUGUAGGCAAUGCCUUCUCUCUGGAUCCAGUCCUGGGUACAGUUCGCUUGGCUCGCUCCUUGGAUCUAACAUCGACAGCUGAGUAUAUGCUGGUGGUGCGGGCUGUAGACGGUGGAGACCCUCCCCUCACUGCCUCCCUACCUGUCCACAUCAUGGUAGUCAUGGCGGACAAUGCCCCCCCUAGGUUCCUUCAGCGAGAGGUGGCUGCAGAGCUGUACGAAGGAGAGCCGACCGGGACGGUGGUAAAGCACCUGGAGGCUCGCAGCACCUCGUCUCUGCUGUUUGAGAUCAUCCGAGGCGACCUAGACAACCGCUUCAGCAUCAACCCCAGCACUGGCAUAGUUACCACCAACUGGCCUCUGGACUACGAGACAGUCCGCAUCUAUAACCUUAGUGUCACAGCUACCAACAUGGCGGGAGCAAAAGCUGUGUGCCAGGUGAUAGUCCACGUCCUGGACCGCAAUGACAAUCCUCCUCACUUCUUGGAGACAAACUACUUCGGCUCGGUCGCAGAAGAUGCUAUGAUAGGUUCCCUCGUGCUGACUAACAGCAGUGCUCCUCUUGUCAUAUCUGCCCAGGACUCGGACUCGCAAGUGAAUGCUUUGUUGCAAUACGACAUUGUGGAACCGGCAGCGCGGCGGAUGUUCCAUAUCGAUUCUACUACAGGGGCUAUACGCACUGUGAUGAGCCUAGACUACGAGACGAUGCCCGUGAUCAAGUUCGGUGUGCGAGUGACGGACCUGGGUCAGCCACGGAUGUCCAGCGAGACCACUGCACGAGUCAAGAUAUCUGUUCUUGACGUUAAUGAUUGUCCACCUGUCUUUACUCACUCGGAGUAUAAUGCCUCUGUGCUACUGCCCACUUACAAAAACGUAGUAAUUGCUCAGGUGAACGCGACUGACGGAGACUCCCGAGGUUUGACGACUCUGAGAUACUCGAUUGUCAGUGGUAAUGAAGAUGGAAUCUAUAGGAUAGUGGAGAAUAAGGGAGCAAUCAUCGUGCGCGACACGACACGUGGAGCUCGGUCAGCUCCUCACAGGAUCCGAGUGGCUGUCACCGAUGGCAAAUAUACGUCACACGCCCAUGUGAACAUCAAGUGGGAGCGAAGCUCUGACUCAGGGCUAGUCUUCCAGCGGCCGAUCUACCAGGGAUCGGUGUUAGAGAACUCGACUAAACCGCUGACGGUGGCGGUGGUGAACGUGCUGGGCAGCCAACUCAACGAACACCUCGUGUUCUCCAUACUGAACCCCUCGCCACUGUUCAAGAUCGGCAGGACCUCGGGAGCUGUGAGCACCACCGGGCUGCGCUUUGAUCGGGAAACCCAGGACCAUUACCAACUUAUUGUCCAGGCUCGGAGUGAAGAGUUUGGCGAUGCUGUUCGUAUUGCCCAGGUACCAGUCAACAUCACUGUGUUGGACAUCAACGACAACUGUCCGAUGUUUGUCAACUUGCCUUACUAUGCUGUGGUCUCCAUCGAUGCUCAGAAAGGCGAUGUGAUCACUAAAGUACAUGCGGUAGACUUGGACUCAGGGGAGAAUGGGGAAGUGCGUUACGAGCUGAUGAAAGGUCACGGAGAGUUGUUCAGAGUUUGUCGGAAAACCGGAGAGAUCAGUUUGAAACAACCCCUCGAGUCCCAUAAUAAGGACUACACCCUCAGCAUUGCAGCCUACGAUGGAGGCCAAAGCCCUUGCUCCACCGAGGUGUCGGUGACAGUGAAGGUGGUGGACCGGUCUAUGCCGGUGUUCGACAAGCAGUUCUACUCGGUCUCCACUCCCGAAGAUGUCUCCCUCCACUCUCCUCUCCCUGUCAAUAUCAAGGCUGAAUCUCCGCUUGGACGUAAACUCAUAUACAGCAUCGUGGCUGGGGACCCUUACGAGGAGUUCGCUGUGGAUUUCAGCACAGCGCCCGACACUAACAGUGGUCCCUGCGUGUUGUACGUAGCGGACGAGCUAGACUACGAGAGCACGCAGCAGUACGCACUCACACUGCGUGCCACAGAUUCUGUCACAGCUGUUUUCGCCGAGGUGUUGGUCAGCGUGCUGGUCACUGAUGUCAACGACUGUCCGCCAGAGUUCCCGACUGAUUCAUACAACGUCUCCGUCUCCGAAGCCGCCCCAUUUGGUUCCCUCGUGCUUCGUGUCACCGCCACUGAUAAUGAUACAGGUGUGAACAGUGCUGUCCGCUAUGCCUUGGAUCAUAACUCAGGAAAUGCUUCCGAGUACUUCCACGUCGACCCCGAGGACGGAUCCGUGUACCUCAAGCGCUCUCUGGACCAUGAGGUCCGAGACUGUCACCACCUUGUGAUUGUGGCCCGUGACACAGGCACCCCCAGCCUCUCUACCUCAGUCCACGUCUGGAUCACUGUGGGAGAUAUGAAUGACAAUGCACCAAGGUUCGAGCAGACCUCCUACACAUGUUGGCUGUCUGAGGAGGCCACAAGGGGUCAGUUGGUGACCUUAGUGACUGCCAGUGAUCCCGACACUGGACCCCUACAAUACAGUAUAGCUGCAGGCAACCAGCACCACACGUUCCACAUCGAUCCUGAUGCUGGUAUCUUGACAGUUGUGAACUUACACAAGUUGACGGAGCUGCAGACGCACACACUCAACAUCUCGGUAUCGGACGGAGUGUACACCAGCUUCUGCCGGGUGAGGGUAGAGAUGGUGUCAGCUAACCGCAACAGUCCCGUCAUGGAGAGGCACCAGUACGAUGCCAAGGUGGGGGAGAACCUACCGGCGGGCCGUUCGGUUGCCACGGUAACUGCUAGGGACCCCGAUACCGGCACUUAUGGCCAGGUCACUUACUCCAUCCCGUCACAGCUGUUGCUGCAGACUUUCUCUAUCAACAAUAUUACAGGAGAGAUCUGGACACGCCGCUCACUAGACCGAGAACAGCAGGCGCUGUACGAGAUUCCUGUCAUGGCGGUGGACGGAGGAGGCAAAUCUGGCUUGUCCACGGUCCGACUUUCCGUGUCUGAUGUUAAUGACAAUCCCCCACAGUUCCUGCAGUCCGAGUACAAAGCUUGCAUCCACGCCAACCUGACCGUCCAUUCACCUUUCCUCAAGGUUCGAGCGAUGGAUGAGGACGAAGGAGUAUCAGCCACAAUACAGUUCUCCGUGUACGAGACUCAGACCAGUGGAGUCAAACAACUGUUCGCCAUCCAUCCUCAUUCUGGUGCUCUUUUCCUGCUCAAGUCAGCUGUGCCUUAUGAAAACCAAGUGUUCCAAUUCUUUGUCCGAGCGACAGACACAGGAGUACCACCGCUCCACACCGACGUACCUGUACAAGUGUACAUCAUGUCGGCUGAUGACGUCCCGCCACUCUUUCAGCGUGGUGACCACAAGUUCUUCCUCCCGGAGAACGCUCCCUCAGGAAGCAUGAUCACUCAACUGCAGCUGGUAGCCGAGAUGCCGGUUCAGUACAGACUGAUCAGUGGCAGUCCUACAUUCGCUGUCGAUUCUAGUGGCAAAGUGACGCUGUCUGGGUCUCUGGACCGUGAGGACACAGCGGCACACUCACUGGCAGUCCUUGCACUCACUGAGUCCAGCCCCCCACUCACUGCGCUCACGGAGAUUUCACUGCAGGUGCUCGACACAAACGAUAACGCUCCAGUCUUCGACAGUGAAACUUACGUAUUCGGUGUUCCUGAGAAUGUCAUGGAGGGGACUUCAGUCUUCAAGGUGCACGCCUCGGACAAAGAUGAAGGAAGUAACGGAGAGGUUAGAUACUCCCUCAGCGGUUCGGGGGAUGUGUUCGCUGUGGACCCGUACUCCGGCUCGGUGACCACUCUGGUGCCUCUGGACCGAGAGGCAGUGCCCUCAUAUACAAUCACUGUGUUGGCAACUGAUAAUGGCUCUCCUCCGCAGACUUCCUCAGCGACUCUGCACAUCCGACUGGUCGACUACAAUGAUAAUCCUCCUGUCUUUGCUGAGGAAUCGUACAGUGCUACAGUGAGAGAGGACGCACUGGCUGGCACAGUGGUGGCCCAACUGUCUGUGAGUGAUCGUGACACAGAACUGGGCUCAAGUGUGGAGUAUUACAUCACUCAAGGAGAUCCACGUGCUCAGUUCGGUGUACGUGCUACUGGCCAAGUCUAUGUAGUUCGACCCCUCGACCGUGAGACCCAGGAGCGCUACAGUCUCACUGUGGAGGCCACAGACACUAAGUUUGUCUCCAUUACCCAUGUCUACAUCACAGUUCUGGAUGCCAAUGAUGAACAGCCUCACUGCUUGAGGGCGAGAUACAGGGAACGCCUGUCCGAGGGCACAGAUGCAGGGAGUUACGUGCUGAGUGUACUGGCUGCAGACAACGACUUAGACCCACGGCUCAAGUAUUAUCUGACGGGUGAAGGGGCCGAGCACUUCUCACUGGACCGUGACUCCGGUGAGCUGCGGACAAGUCGAUCUCUAGACCGUGAGACUCAGGCUCACUAUUCGCUCACCGCUCACGUUCAGGACCGUGAGCGACCCGACUGGGAGUGUGUGUCUCACAUCGACAUCGUGCUAUCUGAUGUCAACGACAAUCCUCCCAGCUUCACCACUGCCAACCACACGGCCGCUCUGCCCGAGGACUCACCCCCAGGAACUCUUAUCACCAAGAUGCACGCCACUGAUCCGGACAGAGGUAUCAACCGUAAAGUGCGUUACUACCUGGAGGACUCAGCCGAAGGAGUUUUUGAGAUGGUCCCAGAGAGCGGACUGGUGAGACUGGCGGCCGGACUGGACAGAGAAAUGGUCCCAGAGUACAUCUUGAGGGUACGGGCGGUGGACCAGGGCUCACCUCAGCUAUGGCGGGAGACCACCCUCCGUGUCAGUGUGCUUGACGUUAACGACAACCCGCCACAAUUUGUGUCCCGCUCCUACCAGACCACUAUUCCAGAGAACGCAGCAGUGGACACGGAGGUAGCUCGUGUCAUGGCAACAUCACUAGACACAGGCAUCAACGCUGAAGUGGUCUACACUAUACUGGGAGGCAACGAGCAUGGGAAGUUUGCUAUGGAUGGCAAAACAGGGGUGAUCAGUAUCGUGGAGCCCCUGGACUACGAGAGAGCCCACAACUAUAUCCUGACAGUGGUGGCCACUGACCUGGGAGUGCCACCCCUCAGCACACAAGCCACUGUCAACAUCUCGGUGACCGACAGCAAUGACAACCCGCCAGUCUUCACUCAGCUCUCGUACAACGCUCAGGUCAAAGAGCACGCUCAGAUCGGAGACGUCGUACUACAGGUGACAGCAACUGACAUAGACAGUGGCAGCAAUGGCAAGGUGGGCUACACGCUGGAGAGAGGAGACCGGCACCAGCAGUUCUCUAUGGAUCCUAACACGGGACACAUCACUGUCGCUCGCCCGCUGGACAGGGAGAUGGUAUCCAGCUACGUCUUACAAGUGCGAGCCACUGACUUCGGAUUGCCUCAACUUUCCAAUUUCGCUCUCGUCAACGUUGAGGUGCUGGACACAAAUGACAACCCUCCACUGUUCCUGGAGAACAACUACACAGCAAUAGUUCAGGAGGACAAGCUGCCUGGGUGGCCCGUGUGUCAGCUGACUGUAUCAGAUGCAGAUAUCAUCCCAAACUCGGCUCCGUUUACAUUCGAUAUCCUGUCAGGAGACCCUGGAGGUGCGUUCCGGAUAGAGCCGGAUGGCACAGUGCGUACAGCUGCCCGACUCAGUUACAGGCUACAAGACACGUUUACUCUGCAUGUUCGAGUUUUCGAUAAUGGCACCCCACCCCUUUACUCCGAUACCUGGGUCACUGUCAAGGUCAUAGAGGAGUCGCAGUUCCCACCUGUGGUAACUCCACUCGAGGUAUGGGUGGGGGUGUACCAGGAGCGGUGGGGUGGCGGGGAGCUGGGGCGGGUGUCUGCUACAGACCAGGACCCCUACGACAGCCUGGAGUUCAGCCUGUCACCACCCACCCCGCCCCGCCUGUUUACCAUUGACCCCCGCCAGGGAGCGUUGGCGGCGGCCCCUGGUCUAGACACCGGCCGCUACUUGCUCAAUGUCUCCGUCACCGAUGGGAAGUUUACCUCCAGUGCAUCUGUUGUUGUUGUUGUACAGCCUAUCUGGGAUGACAUGCUCCAGCAUAGCGUCAGUAUCAGACUGAAUGGUGUGACUCCCCAGCACUUUGUGCUGAGUCAGCGCAAGGGCCUUGUGAGAACUCUGAAGGCGUCUCUACAGCGAGACGUCUCUCUUAUCAGUGUGCAGGCAGCUCCCCAUGGUGACCUGGAUGUCCUUCUUGUUAUCAGUGGGGGUGUGGACGUGCAGACACUGAAUGAGGCUCUAAUCUCUGCCAGUAUGAACCCGGUGAGUCUGACGUGUGACUGCAAGAACGGAGCCAUGUGUCGCCAGCGGAUCAGACUGCAGCCGGACACUCUGUACACCAUCGCCACUGACGUCACAAGCUUUGUUGCUCCUGGACACUCUCACCAGCUCUACUGUGCUUGCAACCUCGGCUUUGCUGGAGAUCACUGUGAGGAGUCCUUGCCCCCGCCUGCAUGUGUGUGCCCCGCCUCUCAAGUGUGUGUACCCCAGCAGCCCCCACCCGGCUACCUGUGCCUUCCCCCGCUCAACCAGCCCUGUAGUCUCAACCACACCUGCCCACCCUCCAUCACCUCCAACAUCUACAGUAUCACAUGGGAAGAGUUCAUAGCCAUCUGCAUUGCAGUAGCCAGCAUUAUUUUCUUGGUGAUGCUCUUCAUCAUUUACAGACGAUGCCGGAAACCGAAUCACGUGACUCGUCUGAAUAAAUCACCGCCAGUCUUAAAUCCUGACAUCAAGAGAACAUCUAAACUGAGCAACCUUGAAGUAACACAGAGAGUAGCUCGACCGGCGUCCUACUCAGCGAGUUCCAACAAUGAAGUACUGGCAGCCGUCAUCCCACUCAACAACCUGGACACUCUCCGCAGUUACGGUUCUGCUGGAGACGAACUGGAGAACGUGCCUCCAGACUACCGGCGCAACCUCAACCGCAGCCCUCAGCAUAAGAUAAACAAUGAUCUGAAACGAGUUCCAGAAAUAACACGCCGAGCACUGAGUUGUGUGGAAGACGAUGCAAGGAUUGUUGGAGGCUACCACUGGGAUUGUUCAGACUGGGUCCCGAGUCAACACACAUUGCCCAACAUCACAGAGGUGCCUGGCAGUGAAGUGCCCGAUUCCUCCAGCCUUCACAGCAACACUAGUAACGAGUCUACAAUCCAUCUCAAUAUUCCAGUGGAUCCGGCCCGAGACCUUGCCACCCUGGACGAGGAGCUUUACUUGUCUUAUCGCAGCGCAGACGACGCGGCCCCUUCCUACGGUUUCCCCUCCAGCUGUGCCAGCCACAGCCUCAGCGACAUUUCGGCAAACGUUUGCGAGAUCGAGGACUCCGAUGUGCCUUCAUAGCAGAGCACAGCAACCUGCAACCACCCGGUUGCUUGGUUGCCAGCCCACCACCUACUGUGUACCGGCAGAGCACUAUGCCGUCUAACAGUUUACUUUCAAUUUUUAUUAUUUUAGUUUAAUUAACUUACUACUGAUUAAGGCCUAAGUUUUAGCUGUGAGUCGGGAGGUUGACUUCCCCAAGACAUCACUUUAGUUCUUUUAUAUGUGUUUUGUGUCUGUAUUUGUAUUUUAAGGACGAUGAGUGGCUUCUGCUCAACAGGACGUUUGAAGGUCUAUUUGCUUCAUACCCAUUCCUACAAAAACUAUUCCUCUUAGUUCUACCUUCAAGAGUAGUAAAACCUUUGUGUUUAAUGACAAUUUUCUUGUUGUACGAUUUGUUUUUAGUAAAAAAUACUUGUUAUUGCCUAUUUUAUUUGCCAGACUGUACCAGCCUAAUGUUGGGUUCCCGUUGUUUCUUCUCCAAACCGAUGUACUUCUAUGCCAUGUCCGUACAUGUGCCAUUCUCACUCGAUACUUAUGUGUAACUUCUGUUGGCAUCGGUGGUAAUCUUAAACGACUUCAUUACAUUAAUGAAGUUCUUUAGUUCACUCUCACAUGACGCCUUGUAACUGUUAGGUCUAAGGUAGUAUUUAGUAGUUUGUCUUAAGUGUUCGACUGAUACACUAGUUCAGAACCAAACAUAAUUUAUAGGAGUUUCUCGUUUCCAAUUAUUGUGUUGCAUUAAUUAUUCCUUGUUAUUGUGCUAAAAAUAUUUAUUUUCUUGGAUUCACCCAAAACUAAAACCUCUGCUUAGAGUUUUAAAUUUAAUAGAGUUUAUCCGGUGUUAUGAAAAAUAUUCAAAACUUUAUGCAAGAAACUUCCCUGAAAACCUUUUCCUAAAAUGAAUAACCUCCUUGCUUCUAAACACUAUCCUACUUGGUCAGUGAAUAUGUUACAGACUUAAGAGUUUGUUUCAUUAGAAAAUAAAUACAGAAGCAAGAUGUAUUUAGAUAUAACAAUGUUUCUAGUUGUAUUAAAAGUUAAAAUGAAUUAUCUGUUACGAGUCAUAUGUUCUCCUGUGUUUUAACACCAGUUAAUUUAAUGUUCAUUUUUGGUUCUGUUUAGUGACCAUUAUAAUUUAAUUAAGUGCUGUAAAUGUAUAUGUGUUAAUUUUAAGUACUAAUUUGUUUAAUUUAUAGAAAAGAACUGCUUAAAAUGUUUGUGUUAAGUCUGUAAUGUUUUAACAAUAAUAUUCCUAUAAUUUAUAUUGUUGUGUCAUCACUAAACAUACAUUAUGAUUGCCUUUUAUGGUCGUUGAUAAAGAGUCUCACCCAUAGUCAAUAUUUUCUACUCAUAGGACCUUUUUUAUAUUUAUAUCAACAACUAUGUAAUAAAGGCAGCUAUUUUUCUACAACACUGAAAAUGUUUGUACAGGUUUUUACAAAUAAAAGUAGUGUAUAUUUUAA